AUGCCUGGCGCCGAUCCCACCGCCCGCCCCCGUCCCCGUCCCCGUCCCCGUCCCGAACCCCCCACGAAGCGCCGCAAAGUCCACGACGAUAGCGCCGAUUCCACGCCGGCCCCCCAGCACUACAAUGACACCCCUAAAGAAGAAGAUGACGAGACCGCCAUCGCGACCGCCAAGAACCCAACCCUGCGCGUGUCGAUCCGCGAGAAGACCGUAGACAGCAGCCGAUCCGUGAGCCGGAGUCGGAGCAGGACCCGCAGCGGCAGCCGCAGUCGAGAGGACCGUCGCGAGACCGACUACUACUCGAGCGACCGCUCGCGCCGCAGCAGAUCCCCGUCGAGCUCUAGGUCGCGGUCGCGGUCGCGGUCGAGCUCUGGCAGCCGCUCCUCGCUGCGGUCGCGCCUGCGGUCCAGGUCCAGGUCGAGAUCGGGAUCGGCGUCCCGCUCGCACACCCACUCGCCCUCCGACUCGCGUUCGAGUUCGCAAUCGCCGCGUGACACGCCGCUGCCACGGCCGUCGUCGUCCUCGUCGUCGUUGUCGUCGUCGCCCGCGCGCCCCAACUACGUGCCGAAGCUCGUGCUGACAGGCCACGCGCGCGCCGUGUCGCAGGUGCGCAUCUCGCCGGACGGGCGGUGGAUCGCGUCGGCGUCGGCGGACGGCACCGUGCGCAUCUGGGAGUCCGCGACCGGGCGGCACGCCGACACCCUCGUGGGCCACAUGGCGGGCGUGUCGGCGGUCGCCUGGGCCCCCGACAGCAAGACGCUCGCGUCCGGGUCCGACGACAAGGCCAUCCGCCUCUGGGACCGCGUCACCGGCCGCCCGACGCGCGCCAAGCCCCUCCUCGGCCACCACAACUACGUCUACUGCCUCGCCUUCUCGCCCAAGGGCAACAUCCUCGCCAGCGGCAGCUACGACGAAGCCGUCUUCCUCUGGGACGUGCGCGCCGGCCGCCUCAUGCGCAGCCUCCCCGCCCACAGCGACCCCGUCAGCGGUAUCGACUUCUGCUGCGACGGCACCCUCGUCGUGAGCUGCAGCACCGACGGAUUGACCCGGCUAUGGGACACCUCGACGGGCCAAUGCCUGCGGACCCUGGUGCACGAGGACAACCCGCCGGUAACGUCGGUGUGCUUCGCGCCGAACGGGCGGUACGUGCUGGCCUUCAGUAUGGACUCGUGCAUCCGGCUGUGGGACUACGUGUCGGGCACGGUAAAGAAGACGUACCAGGGCCACACCAACUCCAAGUUCAGCAUCGGCGGCUGCUUCGGCGCCGCCUCGGGCGCUGCCGCCCCUCCCUCCGCCACCGCCGACGCCGACACGGAUACCAGCAAUACCGCGGCCGCCUUCGUCGCGGCCCCGAGCGAGGACGGCGACAUCGUGCUCUGGGACGUCCGGACCAAGGUCGUCGUCCAGCGCAUCCCCCGCGCCCACGACGGCGUCUGCUUCUGGGUCGACGUCCACGGCGACACCAUGGUGAGCGCCGGCCAGGACGGCCGCAUCAAGGUCUACCGGCACCGGGGCCCGGACGCGGCGGUAGGCGAGGCCGGGGCAGCGGGGGCGGGCAGUGGCGGCCCCGACGGGGGCAGUAUGGAUGUCGAGGUCGACGGCGAUUUCGACGACGGCAGCAAGAAGGUUAACGGGGCCGGCGUCGAUACAGGUCCGAGGGCGGACGAGGGCGGAGAGCGGUAG